UUCAUAAUUAUCUGGUGGUAACUGAAGAGGCUGCCAAAGAAGCUGAGGAGAGCAAAAACAAAGGAAAUGCUUACAUGAAAAAUUCGUCUUAUAAUGAAGCUUUAGAAGAAUAUACAAGGGCAAUUCAAUUGAACCCAACAAAUGCUGUUUACUAUUGUAACCGCGCCGCUGCCUACAGUAGACUAGAGAAACACUUAGAAGCAAUCAAAGACUGCCAGAUAGCAAUAACCCUAGACCCAAAUUACGGCAAAGCAUAUGGUCGUCUUGGAAUUGCUUAUUCCAAUCUCAACAGGUUUGAGGAUGCAAGGCAUGCAUAUAAAACAGCUCUGGAACAUGACCCUGGAAAUGCCAUGUACGAAACUAAUAUGAGAUUGGCUGAAGAGAAACUAUAUUCCAAUAUGGGUGAGUGGUUUUAGAAAA